UGGAAAUUCUUGUCUUUCCUCAUUAAGAGCUUCUUGCCUCUGCUCCCAAGUCCGCUUAGCUUUAGAAAAUUGUGCUCUAAGGUUUUUGUCGUUACCAUCGGAUAGUUCUGGCGGGAUAUCGCCCUGUAUCUUAGGCCAUAUUUAAUCGAAGAGUGUCAGCAUAUGGGAGUUAUGUAGGUAUUUUGUUGACAAGUAAAUUGAACUUCAAAGGAAGCUCGGCUAACCUGUUAGCUUACCACUAUUAACAGACGUGUUGUGCGUGGAAUUCAAAUUCCUUCCGUUUAAACACUCAGUUGACCAGUCUGUGCCAGCUAUGACUUCCAACCCAGAGUAAAUGUUAUUAGAUUAAGAAAUAUGUGGUGUUUAUGGUUAUAACGCGUGAGUUAGCAGGUUUAGCUAGUUUGAUUGGGUUGCCAGUGGAGAUGCGAGAGGCCUGAGUUACAUCUGCGGUACAAACUGCGUAUAAAACAGACUUUAACAGCCUGGCAUGCUCAUCUGAUUUUACAGAUGAGCAUGCUCUGAUUCAUUAGUGGAUUGCAUGUUUGUGGACUUGUGAAAUGAUAGGAGCAGAGGCAGCCGUGCUCAUUACCAUCUUUACAAAAUUCAGCAUAUAUAGGAGAGUUUUGUAGUGAUAUCUAAAAAUCAGUCCCGAAUUUGAGAACCAGGACCAUCAUCAGGAUUUGCUGAUGUUGUGCGAUCGGCCUGCUCAUCUGGAUCUGCGCACAUUGCUGUCUGCCUGACCUAAAUUGGUCUUUCUCUGUAUCAAGUUACUGUACUGUGACCACCAUGUCCGACAACCAGGGAAAUCUAAACAACAACGUCCCACUGAAUAACAACAUUAAUGGAGGGCCGAACCGGAUCCGGAAUCCUGCGAUGAAUCAGAACCCGCUGAUCAACGUGCGGGACAGACUUUUUCACGCAUUAUUCUUUAAGAUGGCAGUCACAUAUGCCAGACUGUUUCCACCAUCAUUCAGAAGAAUAUUUGAGUUCCUGGUUCUAUUAAAGGCCUUGUUUAUGCUUUUCAUCCUGGCCUACAUCCACAUCGCCUUCUCACGUUCACCCAUCAACUGCCUGGAGCAUGUGCGGGAGAAAUGGCCCCGUGACGGAAUCCUGCGUGUGGAGAUCCAGCGCAACUCCAGUCGAGCACCCAUCUUCCUGCAGUUCUACGAAACGGAGGGAAUCCAGGGACUGGUGAAGGAACAGGAAGAGGAUGGAAAUGUAGCCAGACAGCCAGUUAUUCAGACAGAUAUUGAAGAGGAGGAGGAGAUAACCAUGGACAUGUUCGACAACAGCACAGUACGGUUUGAGCUGGACAUUGAGCCACGUCUGAAUCCAUCGAUGAAUGGCGGUGUUCCGGGUGCUAGCCUGAAUGAAUCGCAGGAUCUCUCCUACAGCCAAGCCCCCUCUAAAGGUAUGCAGCCGCUGAGGGAGACUGUCUCCGAGAUUGAGAUGCUAACUCGAGCAGUGUGGCCACAAGAAGAGUAUAUCGUGGAAUAUUCUCUGGAGUACGGGUUCCUGCGGCUGUCUCAGGCCACACGUCAGCGGCUCAACAUCCCAGUCAUGGUGGUGACCCUGGACCCAAUGAAGGAUCAGUGCUUUGGAGAUGGCUUCAGUCGCUUCCUCCUUGACGAAUGCUUGGGUUAUGACGACAUCCUGAUGUCCAGUGUGAAGGCUUUAGCAGAGAACGAAGAAAACAAAGGGUUCCUGAGGAAUGUGGUCUCAGGAGAGCACUACCGUUUUGUCAGUAUGUGGAUGGCCCGUACCUCCUACCUGGCAGCCUUUGUAAUCAUGGUUAUAUUUACUCUGUCCGUGUCCAUGCUGCUACGGUACUCGCAUCACCAGAUUUUUGUCUUUAUAGUGGAUCUUCUCCAGAUGCUGGAGAUGAAUAUGACUAUAGCUUUCCCUGCCGCCCCACUCCUCACUGUCAUCCUGGCUCUCGUGGGAAUGGAGGCCAUCAUGUCUGAGUUUUUCAAUGACACAACCACUGCCUUCUACAUUAUCCUCAUUGUUUGGUUGGCUGACCAAUAUGAUGCCAUCUGCUGCCACACCAACACGAGCAAACGCCAUUGGCUCAGAUUCUUUUACCUGUAUCACUUUGCCUUCUAUGCAUAUCACUACCGCUUUAAUGGUCAGUACAGCAGCCUGGCUCUGGUGACCUCUUGGCUCUUCAUUCAGCACUCAAUGAUCUAUUUUUUCCACCACUACGAGCUGCCAGCCAUCCUUCAGCAGAUCCGGAUCCAGGAGAUGCUCCUUCAAAACCAGCAGGUGGGUCAAGGUAACCAGACAGCCCUGCAGGACAAUCUCAACAACAAUACUAGCACUGCAGCACCCGCUGGCCAGGCUAACGCAGCUGCUAACACUAAUGGCCAGGAUGGCCUAGCUGCUCAUGACCAGCGUCAGCUUGAAACCCACAACGGCUUGGUAAACCCCAGUCUCCCCGUCGACCCAUCCAGCUCCAUCAGUGACCUUGACUGGAUGGCCGAGAUGGCCAUUGGCCCAGAAGCUCUGGCCAUUCCACAUCUUGACAGCUCGCUCUUAGAGCCAGGAGGGAUCCAGGAAUUGCCAACGUCCAGCAAAGCUGCAGCGGAGCUGCAAAGUCUAAUCACACCAGGAGAGAACCAGGGGAACAUUAGCACAGCCAGCCCUUCUGCAGAAGAUAUGAAGUGCGCUCAGGGUCUGGGGCCCCCUGGUGGGGGAGGAGGGCUGAUGGAGUCUGAAACGGAUCCCUCUUCCUCCACAAUGACCUCACACACAGACUGCAAAGUAGCAGACACGCAUAAUGGCACCACGGACUGGGACGGCAAGACCGAGAAUGAAAACAAAAGCUUGCCAGACUCCCAUUCUAACCUGGCUUGAGAGACGCACAUGAUCGCUCCCACUCAGAAUGAAUUAAUUUAUGCCUUUUGCUCUAGUCACCACCCCUCUAUGUAAAUUAAUCCAGAAGGCAUUAUGAGGAAAAACUGUGAUGGAGCAUUAUAUAAUUAAAUCCUCAAUCUCCGAAGGGAACGUGAGGAGGGUCGAAGCUGACUCAAGUAAAUUCUUAUUGAAUUGUCAAAUGAUGCCAUGUGUGAGGAUGUGAUCAUUUGGAGAGUCUUUACAUGUGAUUGUUUUUGUUUUUUAGUGAUUGAAACAUUUUUUAAUACAGGAAGUAUUCAGCUUGCAAAUGUGAUGUAUCGCUCAAUUCUGGUACUUUUUGUGAUUCCAAAUGUGGGCGCUACAGGUAUCAGUGGCCAGCACGGGAGACAUUCAUACUUUAGAUCCAAAUACACAUCAGUGAUCUGGCUUGUGCAAGCUUUAUUUUGCCUUUAUUUCCAUUCCUCUAAUGAUAACAUUAACUUGCUCUAAUGGAAAAUGCUGCCUACUUAUAGUGGUGGAAAUAAAUUCAAAUGAAUUAAUAUGAUGUUUAAGGGCUCACUAUCUUCGUUCAGGUCUUGGACCCUAGUGAGCCACCAAAAUGUUCUCUAUGUAAUUUGAUAUCCAGAUUAUGGCCUUCCAAGUAUGAUCUAAGAUAGUAGUUGUUCAUGGUCAGAGGGCAUGCUUAUUGGUGGCACUGCUAUUGAAAAGAAGUGCACAAGGGGUGUUAGAACAGCUGGCAGCCAGUUUCAAUAUUAUUAUACCCAGAGAAUUCUGCCACACGAUACUUAUUUAAAAAUCUGUCCUGUUUAACAGAGGUCAUUUCUUGUGGUUCUUCCUCAUCAAGAGACAUUUGUUCUCAAAGAGACUCUUAGUGGUUAGUUUAGACAGGUGUGUCAUCUUUGCACAAAUUCAUCAGGAAGUCUUUGGCUUUAAUUCAGGUCAAAUCUGGCUUCAAGGGAGAGGGUGUGUGUAGGUAUUGUCUUGUGCUUUUAAAACUGAAUAUUAACCCAGUAUUUCCCUCUGAAGUACUUGGGGGUCAAUAGCCUUACGAGAUGCUUCAAAGCCAGCAAGUAAAUUGUCAUUGGAUAUAAAAGCAACUUAACUAAGGGUAAAUGUGUUGUUUCUUUAACUGAUAUUAUUUCUAAUCAGCCUAACAAUAAGAUCCAGAUUUCUUCAGAUGUAAGCAGUGCAGGUCAGAUGCGAGGAAUUUUUUUCCAUCUGUCUUGCAAUGCUUCAAGGUCACUGAUCCAGGAGAUUCAGUUGUCUUUUCAUAUUCUGCUUUUGUAUAAAGAUUUCAACAUGUAGGCAGCAAUGUCAAGUUCAAUAUAUUUCUGGUAGAUUGGUUACAGUGGUUGCCCAAUGACAACAGGUUUGUUGAUCUCCAUGACCAUGUGUAAAAGAGACUACAUUUACCUUCACUAAAUGCUCCGUAAACCAGGAGAUCAAAUAACCAUAUCUGUUGUCGCAUACAGUCUCUUUGACAUAUGACUGUGGUUGAAAUAACACUAUUGGGGAGAAGGGUGUUCUUUCAAAGGCUAUGCAACAAUAUGGCAAGUUAAAGCCAGGCUCUGGAUUUUUUUUUUUUUUUAAUUGUGCAAUAUUUUGCGAGGUGCAGGUCUAUCCAAGUCUGAAAGAUUUUAUGAUCAGUUCCUCUUUUUUUUUUCUUCAAUUUUUUUUCUGUCCUGUGCCUAUUUGCCAUUGUGAGAGGAAAUGGACGAUUGUAGUUUUUAGAUCUAGUCAUCUAGACAGAAACUGAAAAAAAGUAUCUGAAAAAGAUUUCGUCUCAUUCAAAUGUAUUUAACUGUAACAUUUAAAAAAAAAACUGCAUAAAGAGACAAAAUUAAUUUCCA